CAUCGCACAACACCAUGUCCGGCCUCAUCACCCAGCUCUCGCGGAGCUUGUUGUCGGGAUCGUCGGCGUCGACGUCGCGCGCGCUCUCGACCUCGGCCGUCGCCGCCAAGGCUGCCGCGGUCAAGCCGUCGACAGCGGCCAAGAAGCGCAACAACCCCUCGGCCAAGGCCCGUCAGGCCAAUGCGGCCACCAAGGGUGGUGGACGCACCAAGUCGACCGGCCUCGCGCUCAAGACGACGCUCGCUAGGGAGCCUGCCGACCUCACCGACCUUGUGCAGCUCUACCCAGAAAGCGUCAUCCCUCUGAAUGUCGGCAAGGCCAGCACCUUCCCUCGCAACACGUACGACCAGCUCAAGACGUUUGGUCUCCCUGUGCGCCUCGAGAAGGAGCUGGCUAUCGGAUCGCCCGCGUCGGUUGUGCGCCAGGCGACCCUUGACCUCGUCCAGAUGCUGGAGAAGAGCAAGGGCGGCUCGUCAAAGAACGCGCGCUUCCUUCUCAACGGUGUCCGUGGAUCGGGCAAGAGCACCCUCCUUGUCCAGGCCGUGUCUUACGCCCUCGAGUCGGGCUGGAUUGUCCUCUACGUGCCACGAGCCGAGAAGUGGGUCGACUCGACGGCGCAGUUUUCGUACAACGCCGCCUCGCAGACUUUCCACCAGACCGAGACUUCGGCCGGCCUCCUGAGCAAGUUGCACUCUGUCAACCGCGACCGUCUCGCCACCAUCACCCUGCCCGAGGCGCUCACGUUCAACGAGUACAAGUUUGCUGCUGGCUCCAAGCUCGACGAGCUCGUUUCUGCUGGUUCCAAGGAGGAGCUCAUUGCCGUUCCUGUUCUGGAGAAGGUUCUCGAGAUCCUUGGCAAGCAGACCCAGAUCCCCAUCCUCGUCGCCAUCGACGACGUGCAGACACUGUUCGGCACGACAAAGUACCGCACACCGACGUACGAGCCGAUUGAGCCCUACUACCUCUCGGCUCCUCGUCUCUUCCUCGACUACCUCUCGGGCCGGAAAUCGUUUGCCAACGGUGCGAUUGUCACGGCGCCCUCGUACACCAAGACAACCAUUCUCCCCUCGGUCAACUUCUACAAGGGCUUUGACAUCCAGUCACGGACGCCCAUCACCGAGUACACCAAGUUUGACGAGCACCACCUGGCACACGCCGAGUCUGGAAUCAAGAAGGUCGAGAUUCCGUUCGGUCUGAGCGGCGCCGAGGCUGUCGCCAUGUUCGAGCUCUGGACCCGAAAGGGCUGGGUCUCGAAUGGCGCCGACGACGUCUUUAUGGGCGGAUUCACGGCGGCGGCGGGCAACCCCCUCGAGCUCGCACGGGGGUGGACCGUCUCGCACCAGUCACACAUUGCGUAGGGAGCAUGAGCAGGGCGAUAGCAUAGAUCAGCAUGGAGAUUUGCACUGGC